CGCAGCAAAAAAGGGCGGAGUGAGGGAUCAGCCGCUUGUCGGCCAUUUGCAUUUGGCUCCGCCUGCAAUUGGGGAGAAGAAGGGAGGGAAGCCGCGAUGGAAGACGGGCAGCGCCCCGGGGUGGCGGUGGUGCUGGAUCGGGACCCCUCCAGCCCAGCUCCCCGCUGCCCUCACGGUGAGUCGCCCUUCCUCCCCAUCUCUAACGAUGGCUGCAUGCUGCAAAUCCCACUUUUCUUCCGCCACCUCCAAUCUCGCAUAUCUAUAUAGUUGUCGCCUUUGCGCGCCGCCUUUCCUGCCCAGGAGCUCAAGGCGGCUCAACCUUCAGCUUUGCGCCUCCCCGUUUCCUCCUUGCAACAGCCCUAGACUAGAGCAGGCUUCCUGAAACUCGGCCCUCUGGAUGAUUUGAGACUACAAUUCCCAGCAUCCUUGACCACUGGUCCUGCUAGCUAGGGAUCAUGGGAGUUGUAGGCCAAAAAACAUCUGGAGGGCCGAGGUUGAGGAAACCUGGGCUACAGGCUGAGAGUCACCCCCAGGGAGCUUCACAGCCAGUUGGGGUCUUGAACUUGGGUGCUUUCCCAGGUCCUCGUCAGUGUUUCUCAAAACUUGGGUCUCCAUCUUUGCUGGAAUACAAUUCCCAUCACCCCUGGCUAGCAGGAGAUCAGGGGUGAUGGGAGUUGUAGUCCAACAAACAGCUGGAGAACGCAUGUUUGAGAAAUACUGCAAGCAUUAUGUCACACUGGUGUAGUUUUACUACAAUAUGAGUCAUCUUUUAAAGCAUGGUAGGUGCAGUCUGGUCAUACAUAAACGCUUCCAAGGUGGCAAUCCUAAACACGCUUAACUGGCGAGCGCAGCACAGGAUUGCAUUGCAAAAGAGUCUUCCACCCCCUCCUUUCAUUUGGGACCCCAACUUGUAUCAGUGUUUGAGGAAGCUUGUAUCAGAGCUUGAGGAAGCUAGUUAUCUCCCGCUUGGACUACUGCAACGCGCUCUACAUGGGGCUACCUUUGAAGGUGACCCGGAAACUGCAACAAAUCCAGAAUGCGGCAGCUAGACUGGUGACUGGGAGUGGCUGCCAGGACCACAUAACACCAGUCCUGAAAGAUCUGCAUUGGCUCCCAGUACGUUUCCGGGCACAAUUCAAAGUGUUGGUGCUGACCUUGAAAGCCCUAAACGGCCUCGGUCCUGUAUACCUGAAGGAGCGUCUCCACCCCCAUCGUUCAGCCCGGACACCGAGGUCCAGCGCCGAGGGCCUUCUGGCGGUUCCCUCAUUGCGAGAAGUGAGGUUACAGGGAACCAGACACGGGGCCUUCUCAGUAGUGGCGCCCGCCCUGUGCAACGCCCUCCCUUCAGAUGUGAAGGAAAUAAGCAGCUAUCCUAUCUUUAAAAGACAUCUGAAGGCAGCCCUGUUCAGGGAAGUUUUUAAUAUUUAACGCUGUAUUGUAACUUGAUUGGGAGCCGCCCAGAGUGGCUGGGGAAACUCAGCCAGAUGGGCGGGGUAUAAAUAAUAAAUUAUAUUAUUAUUAUUAUUUCUCCCCAUCUUUAACGAUGGCUGCAUGCUGCAACCCACUUUUCUUCCGCUUUCUUCCCCCACCCCGGGCAAAUCUCGCCUAUCCAUAUAAUUGUCGCCUUUGCACCCCGGGUGCCUUUCCUCCCCAGGAGCUCAAGGCGGCUUAACCUUCUUCUUUUUUUAAUAAUAAUUUUUAUUAAUUUUAACAUAUAAUUUAUCAUACAUAUCACAAAGCUUCAUCAUUUAUACAAUCCCUCAGCACCUCUGAUGAUCCACCGUUUUAACCACUUCUUAUGCAUUUCUUAAGUUCUUAUUCCCUUUAAUUAUAACUAAUCCUCCUCCCCCUUAUCCAUUUUUGCAAUAAUUCCCAUAAUACUCCUCACAAAACUUCUUGCAAACCUACAAACGUCGUCUGAUCUUCACAAAUACUUUUCAAAUAAUCUGUAAAUUUACUCCAGUCUUCUGUGGAUUUCUGGUCCUGCCGAUUUCAAAUCCUUCCUGUUAGUUUGUCCAACUCUGCAUAGUCCAUUAAUUUCAUCCUCCAUUCUUCUUUCGUCGGUAAUUCUUCUUGCUUCCAUUUUUGGGCCAAUAACGUUCUUGCUGCCGUUGUUGCAUAUAAGAACAGCUUACGUUCCUUUCUAUUUAUAUCACUUCCUACAAUGCCCAAAAAGAAUGCUUCUGGUUUCUUUAUAAAUGUAGAUUUCAACAUAUUUUUCAUCUCAUUAUAUAUCAUCUCCCAGAAGCUUUUCACCAAGGCGGCUUAACCUUCAGCUUUGCGCCUCCCCGUUUCCUCCUUACAACAGCCCUGCGAGGUAGGGUAGAGCAGGCUUCCUCAAACUCGGCCCUCUGGAUGAUUUGAGACUACAAUUCCCAGCAUCCUUGACCACUGGUCCUGCUAGCUAGGGAUCAUGGGAGUUGUAGGCCAAAAAACAUCUGGAGGGCCGAGGUUGAGGAAACCUGGGCUACAGGCUGAGAGUCACCCCCAGGGAGCUUCACAGCCAGUUGGGGUCUUGAACUUGGGUGCUUUCCCAGGUCCUCGUCAGUGUUUCUCAAAACUUGGGUCUCCAUCUUUUGCUGGAAUACAAUUCCCAUCACCCCUGGCUAGCAGGAGAUCAGGGGUGAUGGGAGUUGUAGUCCAACAAACAGCUGGAGAACGCAUGUUUGAGAAAUACUGCAAGCAUUAUGUCACACUGGUGUAGUUUUACUACAAUAUGAGUCAUCUUUUAAAGCAUGGUAGGUGCAGUCUGGUCAUACAUAAACGCUUCCAAGGUCGCAAUCCUAAACACGCUUAACUGGCGAGCGCAGCACAGGAUUGCAUUGCAAAAGAGUCUUCCACCCCCUCCUUUCAUUUGGGACCCCAACUUGUAUCAGUGUAAUUGAGGUGCGUGGCUGCUUUUGUUUUUUGGUUCUGUUGUUUAUUCCCCUGAAAGAUUAUUUAGGUGCGAUCCAGCCAUACAGAAGCGCUUCCAGGGUCACAAUCCUAAACACACAACUAGGGAGCAAGGGGUGCAAGCAGAGCUUACUUCUGAGUAAGCACAGCACAGAAUUGUGACGCAGAUCCUACAAAGGGUCUUCCACAGUGUGCUUUCAUCUUAUCAUCUAGUAUCAAUAUAGUUUAGGUGUGUGACUGUUUGUUUUUGUUGGGCUGUUGUUGUAUUUAGCUCUGAAAGAUUUAUUAUUAAAAAUCUGUUAAAAUGAUCCCGCCGUACAGAAGAGCUUCCAAGAUUGUAAUCCUAAACACACUUAACUAGGGAACAAGGGGAGAAAUCAGGGCUUUCUUCCAAGUACCAGGCAGGGAACCAGGCAGAGGGCCUUCUUGGUAGUGGCACCCGCCCUGUGGAACGCCCUCCCGUCAGAUGUUAAGGGAAUAUCCGACUUUUAGAAGACAUCUGAAGGCAGCCCUGUUUAGGGAAGUUUUUAAUGUUUGAAGUUUUAUUCUGUUUUUAAUGUUCUGUUGAAAGCCGCCCAGUGUGGCUGGGGAAACCCAGCCAGAUGGGUGAGGUAGAAAUAAUAAUAAUAAUAAUAAUAAUAAUAAUAAUAAUAAUUAGUAAGCACAGCACAGAAUCACAUUGCAAAUCCUACAAAUUCUGUUUAUAUUUAGGGGAAAUAUUAACAACACGGUACGCGGGUGGCGCUGUGGGUAAAACCUCAGUGCCUAGGACUUGCCGAUCGUAUGGUCGGCGGUUCGAAUCCCCACGGCGGGGUGAGCUCCUGUCGUUCGGUCCCAGCUCCUGCCCACCUAGCAGUUCGAAAGAACAUCAAAGUGCAAGUAGAUAAAUAGGUACCGCUUUAUAGCGGGAAGGUAAACGGCGUUCCCGUGUGCUGCGCUGGUGCUGGCUCGCCAGAGCAGCUUCGUCACACUGGCCACGUGACCCGGAAGUGUCUCCGGACAGCGCUGGCCCCCGGUCUCAGUGGCGUAGCGUGGGGGGUGCAGGGGGGGCCAGUCGCACCGGGCGCAACAUCUGGGGGGGGCGCUCGCACUCGCAGCUCUCUGCCCCUACCUGGCUCACUCACUCUCUCUCACUGCAGUGCUGGCUGUGCGAAUCCGAUCCGAGCCGCUGGGUCGCCGCCCACUGUGGAGGGUGGGUGCCAGGCGUGCGGUGCGGAGAGAGCGAGGGACUAUCUGGGGGAGGGACAGUGCAGCGGCCACCCAGCACAGCGCUGAGCGCAGGAGAGAACCACACCAGACCAGACCAGGCAGCAGCAAGAAGAAGCUGGCAGCGGCGGCAGGUUAGGGGUUAGGGGGCGCAAAUUACUUGCCUUGCCCCAGGUUAGGGGGCACAAAUUACUUGCCUUGCCCCGGGUUAGGGGGCGCAAAUUACUUGCCUUGCCCCAGGUGCUGACAACCCACGCUACGCCGCUGCCCGGUCUCUUAAGUGAGAUGGGCGCACAACCCUAGAGUUGGACACGACUGGCCCGUACGGGCAGGGGUACCUUUACCUUUACCUUUAUUAACAACACAUUGCAACUUAACUUGUCUAGCUGAAGUAAGUUCCCUUGAAUUAAGUGGGACAGGUUGCAGCAGUAAAAAAAGGUCCUUUCUCCCAGUGGGGCUUAAAAGUGCCUACCAGUUUUUCUAGGAGUUUAUUUAGGAUUUGGAGUGGUUUUUUUAACUUGUUUUUAUUAGCUUCAGUGGGCAGUUUAGUGAUGUGCUGUUGCCUUUCUGCUUAAUCUACAUACCGUAUUUUUCGCUCUAUAAGACGCACCAGACCACAAGACGCACCUAGUUUUGGGAGGAGGAAAACAAGAAAAAAAAUAUUCUGCAUCUCAGAAGCCAGAACCGCAAGAGGAUCGCUGCGCAGCGAAGCAGCGAUCCCUCUUGCUGUUCUGGCUUCUGGGAUAGCUGCGCAGCCUGCAUUCGCUCCGUAAGACGCACACACAUUUCCCCUUACUUUUUAGGAGGGGGAAAGUGAGUCUUAUAGAGCAAAAAAUACAGUAAUGAGGUUGCAACAUUUUUUCUGUAGUAGUGUCACGUUCCUCCAAGAAGAAUUGGAAAAUAAAAUGUGACACAUACUUAACGAAAGACAGAGCAUCACAGAGGCAAAAACCAAACAAAAUGGAAAAUGGAAGCAAAAGCCGUCCAGUCAAAUAUAAAGUUGGAGGAGAGGGAACGCUCACAAGGCCACAGUUUCUGAUGAUAAUGCUGGAGACAGUUCCAAGCAGCAAAGAAUUAGGGCUGCAAGGCCUUGUUGGUCUUCCCUGAACCUAAGUUUCUCCACCACGAUAUGGUGUUAGUGUGUUUGCUCCAACCCUUUGUAAUAAUAAUAAUAAUAAAAAAAUUUAUUUAUACCCCACCCUCCCCAGCCAAGACCCGGCUCAGGGCGAAUAACAACCAACAAUAAAAACAAGUUGAUUUAAAUACAACUUAGAAAACAAGAUUAAAAUACAACAUUAAAACAUUAAGAUGCAGCCUCUUCACAGGAGGAGAAAGGAAAAAAGAAAGAGGGGGAGGGAAUCAAAUUAAUUCUAAGCCUAAGUCUUACAGGCCCUGCGGAAAGAAAUCAGAUCCUGCAGGGCCCUGGUCUCAUGAGACAGAGCGUUCCACCAGGCCGGGGCCACUGUUGAAAAGGCCCUGGCUCUGGUUGAGGCUGAUCUAACUUCCUUAGGGGCUCUAGGGUGUUGCUAUUUAUGGACCUUAAGGUCCUCUGUGGGGCAUACCAGGAGAGGCGGUCCUGUAGGUACAAGGGUCCUAGGUCGUGAAGGGCUUUAAUGGUCAAAACCAGCACCUUAAAUCUUUGGGGUUCCUUUUACUGUAACAGCAGAGUUACCCAGAAAGUAUUCCUGCUUUCUUCAUAGCAGUAGUCCAGCUCUAUCGGUGAAUCCUCUGAAGGAAUAAAUGCCAUUCAGUUCUUCUCACGGGCGGAGGAAGGGGGUGCGGUGGGGGCGGACCGUCCCGGGUGCCUUCGCUGAGGGGGGUGACAUUUGGCGCGCUGCCCGCCCGCGACACCCAAGCCUACCCCGAGCUGUCAGGGGAAGGGGGGAGCUGCAGUGCUUUGCCGGGGGCAUUCCCUCCCUUCCCCCUUUGUUUUGACAGCUGCGGGAGGCUUGGGAGUCGUGGGCGGGCAGCGCACCGGAUGUCCCCCAUUGGUGGCUUGCUCCGCCCCCGGUUGCAGGGCACGCGCGCCGCUCUGUGCACCCGAGCGGCUGUCCCGCGAUGUGGGGUUUGCCCGUUUGUUUAGAGCCUGUCUGUACAGGGGGGGAAAGGUAGAGGGACACCUGACCGUUCGGUCCAGUCGUGACCAACUCUGGGGUUGCGGCGCUCAUCUCGCUUUAUUGGGCGAGGGAGCCGGUGUACAGCUUCCGGGUCAUGUGGCCAGCAUGACUGAGCCGUUUCUGGCGAACCAGGGAGCCGGUCCACUGUCCCUUAGACCUUGUGGGGGGCCGGACUAUAUUUUGGGGGGGAAAAGAAAGAACUAAUUCCUAUGCCCCACAAAUAACCCAGAUAUGCAUUCUAAAUAAAAGCACACAUUCUACUGAUGUAAAAACACCAGGCAGGCCCCACAAAUAACCCAGAGAUGCAUUUUAAAUAAAAGGACACAUUCUACACAUGUAAAAACACACUGAUUCCCGGACCAUCCAAGGACCGGACUGAGAAGGCGAUUGGGCCAGAUCCGGCCCCCGGACCUUAGUUUGCCUACCCAUGAUUUAGAUUCAGUCUCACACAGUCCCCAUCCUACUGGCAUGGCUGUGAGAAAGAAGUUGGAAGUUUUUUCUUCUCUUUCAGAUAAAGCACUGGUUUUCUCCAAAGUUUUAAUUUAUAUUACAAGUUGCAGAACUCUGUAUCAUUACUGGUCUACAUAAAAAAAGGAAAAAGAACUAUAUAGAGAGAUUUUAAUCCUCUCUGUUCCCUGCAGCCAUGUGGACAGAGAGACAGACUCUCUCCUCCCCCAGACAUGCCCAGAUAAAGAACCUGUUGCCGGGGAGAAUUCUCAUUGCUAAGCAAACUUGCUUCAAGGAUCAGUUCAAGUUUAUUUUUUGAAUCCACCAACAUAUGGAACCUUUAUUCCCACCCGCCUCAGUAUUUUAGUGUAGGCCUUAAAUUUGCGUGUUCAGACCCAGAAACCUCCCCCUAAAUAAAUUCACACUUUUUUUGGGGGGGGGGCAUAUUAUUUUUAAUUAGUUUUUUAACAUAUCAUUUCCCACAAUAAUUAAACAUACUUUUACAUCUUAUUCAAAUUUUUUACUUCCAUCAAUCCUGUCUGAAAAUUUUCCAAUCUAAUCUCUCAGUAUGCAUUUCUUAUCUUCCCUAUUACAUUUCGAACUCAUAACCAAUACAGUGGUGCCUCGCAAGACGAAAUUAAUUCGUUCCGUGAAUUUUUUCGUCUAGCGAAUUUUUCAUCUUGCGAAGCACGAAAUCCCAUAGGAAUGCAUUGAAAAUCAAUUAAUGUGUUCCUAUGGUCAAAAAAAAGUCCAAACAAAGCCAAAUUUGGUACAACAAGAGUUUAUUAAGUGCUCUUUAAAGUCACACAUACUGUAAAGAGCAUUUCAAAAUUCAAACCCAGAAUUUUUUUUAAAAAACAGCAGAGUUGCCCAAUGGUCACAGAAAAUCAUAAAAAUGCAGAAAAAAACACACAAGCUUCCAGAUUCUUGCAAACCCCUCCCCAACUGUUCCCCCAGCCACCCAGCACACAGAAAUUCAAAUCCAGAAUUUUUUUAAAAAAACAGCAGAGUUCCCCAAUGGUCACAGAAAAUCAUAAAAAUGCAGAAAAAAACACACAAGCUUCCAGAUUCUUGCAAACCCCUCCCCAACUGUUCCCCCAGCCACCCAGCACACAGAAAUUCAAAUCCAGAUUUUUUUUAAAAAAAACAGCAGAGUGCCCCAAUGGUCACAGAAAAUCAUAAAAAUGCAGAAAAAAAACACACAAGCUUCCAGAUUCUUGCAAACCCCUCCCCAACACCAAGUCCUUGAAUUCCAAACACCCCAACCCAAAAUCCAAAAUCCCCCAAAAAAGUUUUAAAAGCUUAACUUACGAAAUGGCUGCAAAAGAUGUUUUGGAAAAGCUUCAAAAAUCACCAAAGUCUUAAAAAACCUCAAAAAAGGCUACUAUGUACACUGCGUUCUAUGAGUUGCUCCUCGAAGUCAAGUCGCAACUGUAUUAACGGUGUUAAGAAAAAGGAAACAAACUUGCAAGACGUUUUCGUCUUGCGAAGCUAAGCCCAUAGGGAAAUUCGUCUUGUGAAGCAGCUCAAAAAACGGAAAACCCUUUCGUCUUGCGAGUUUUCCGUCUUGCGAGGCAUUCGUCUUGCAGGGCACCACUGUAUCUCUAUCUUUUUCUACUUUGUAACACUUGGUAUAUUUCUCCUUACAAAACUUCUUGUAAUCCUACUAGCGUAAUUUGUUGAUUACAGUUGCUCUUCAAAUAAUUCAUAUACUUCUUCUUUCAAUCUUCUGUAAAUCUCUGGUCCCGCAGAUUUCGAAUCCUUCCUGUCAUUUUGUCCAAUUCGGCAUAGUCCAUUAAUUUCGUCUGCCAUUCUUCUUUCGUCGGAAUUUCUUCUUGUUUCCAUUUCUGGGCUAACAACACUCUUGCCAAAUAAAUUCACACUUGACUCCAAUUUUGGUUUUGGUUUUUGGCAGAAUUUAGGCCACAACUUUAUUGAUUACAGAAAGGGACUGGUUGCAUAGGCUUCUGGUUCGACUAGCUCCCUGCCAUGCAGGUAGCGCUGACCCAGGGCACCAGCAUAGGUCAGCCAAGGGUGAACACCUGGAUAAGCGGAAAGCCGGGAGCAGGCUAACUCCGCCACCCAGAUGUCCCCCUGGACUCAGGCAUGGGCACAACCCCCUCACAGGGUUGACCAAACCAUCGAGUCCCUGGAUUUCUUUAAUGGAAUACCCUUCACAUAGGGAUGGCAAAAGCGUUCUCCCAUCCCUAUCACCUGAGCCAGAGCCUAUCCGCAACCUUACAAGUUGUGAUGAUUUGCUAAGCAGCAGGCGGAACCCAAAUGGCAACAGCCAAUCAGCCAAGUGGGGAAAAUUGCUGCCGUACCCCUGUCCCAACGACAGACAACACACGGUGGCAUAGCAAGGUCAAGUGCAAAGCCCUAAAAGUAGGGAGAGGUGGGCAGGUGUUCCGAAUGCACGUGCCGAAAGAGGAAGCUCUGGGUCACGUGCAUGGGCAUAAAUAGGUCCCUCAAACAGUUUGGAUUGUGUCCCAUUGGCCAGAUUGCACCCAGCUACGAGGGACGCGGGUGGCGCUGUUGGUUAAACUACUGAGCCUAGGGCUUGCCGAUCAGAAGGUUGGUGGUUCAAAUCCCCGCGACAGGGUGAGCUCCCGUUGCUCGGUCCCUGCUCCUGCCAACCUAGCAGUUCGAAAGCACGUCAAAGUGCAAGUAGAUAAAUAGGUACCACUCCGGCGGGAAGGUAAACGGCGUUUCCGUGCGCUGCUCUGGUUCGCCAGAAGCGGCUUAGUCAUGCUGGCCGCAUGACCUGGAAGCUGUACGCUGGCUCCCUCGGCCAAUAAAGCGAGAUGAGCGCCGCAACCCCAGGGUCGGCCACGACUGGACCUAAUGGUCAGGGGUCCCUUUACCUUCACCUUUACGAGGGACCUACCAAUCGGGUGUUGUGGCUGACCAAUCGUACCCACCCACAACACAGGGUUUCAGUUUCCAGGUCUCACCACAAUACGUGCCCUCUUUAAGGGAGGACCCGAUUUCACCCAAGUUCAGUCAGUUUCUUCUACUUUCUCCCUUGCCAGUAUCCCCCAAAGAUUGCUGACAGGUCAAGUGAGACCUUGAAAUUCUUCCUUUGAUGGACUUAAUCUUUUAAGAAUAAUGUACUGUUUUUUAUUUAUGAGCCUAUAUUUCAGUGACUUAAGUGGGAACGAGCUGUACCUGAUUCAUUGGGGCAUCAACUUAAGUUCAUUUUUGUUAUCAAUCUCAAACAUUGACUAUUGCUAUUGCUUGUUGCAAGACUCUAUUAUUCCCGCCCCCAGAAAAAAAUAAUUCCAGUGUUUUCGGAAUAUAGAUCUUUCAGUGCUUUUCUCUCUUAGGCCCCACCCUUCUGUUUGCAAAGAUUGUUCGAGGAAAAGAAGAGGGAAGAAGAUUUUACGCUUGCUCUGCUUGCAGAGAAAGAAGAGACUGUAACUUUUUUCAGUGGGAAGAUGAAAAGGUAUACAGAAAGAAUAAAGGUUUUAACAGUACGGUUGAUACAUUUAAUCCUCAAGAACAUUGUCAAAACACCAAAUCUGAACACUCUUAAAUUGCAUUGAUUUUCGUUAGAGGAUUAAGCACGCACAGUAUUUAACUGUGGUUUGUAUUCUCAGUUUGUAGAGUUCUGGUGAGCAAAGGGCUUGCUAAGGAGUGGAAUCGUAGGGUUAGAUCCAGAUACAAUCAUACUUAGCCCCAUUAAAAUCAGGGUGGAUUUGAUUUAAAAUAAAUCAAUUUAAAACACGAUUUAAAUCACUAGUCAGUAAGACUUGAUUUAAAUCAUUUUUUUGCAGAAAGACUCAUUCUUGAUGGUAUAAUCUUAAUAUUUACAACCAGAUGAAGGUUUCAUUUUUGGAAUAAUAAAUUUUCAGAGCAGUUUUUACAGUUAUAUCAAAAAUUACUGAUUUGGUUAUACUAUUAGAAAUACACAGACAGAUAAUUAUGAAAUUAUUGUGAGGUUUAAUAAGUUAAGUGUUUUUAGUUGGAAAACUUUUCUGCUGUACUUUAUUGGAAGGAGAAAAAUAAUCAUUUCCUUAAUAACAAUUUAAACAAUUUAUUUAACCAAAACAAUAACAUUAUAGCAUAUGUAUCCAUGUUUGUUAACUUAUGUGGUUAAUUUUAUAUUUUAUUUUUAAACUUAGACUGAGUUUUAGCACACAUGAAAAACUUAAAACAAAUCCUUAUUUCCUGAUGAAUAGCCUUUGGACUAUAAUGUAACUUAAAUAGAAAACUAUCUUUAGAAAGAUUUUUCCUCCAAAAGCAUUUUAUUUUAAAAAUCCAAUUUAAAUUUAAAAAAAUCCAUUUUUAAAUUUUUUUUUUAAAGAAAAUCAUUGAUUUUUAGUCACCCUGAUUGAAAUCAAUGUGAUUUAAGGUAGGCAGGACUGAGUCAUCUCACUGAUUUCAACAGGUCUUCUCAAAGCAUUAAGAACAGCUCGAUUUUAAAUGGGAUUAGGAUUGCAUCCUGGAUCCAACUCAUAAGAGACUUCCUCAUAAAUAUUAAGGUGUGAUAUAUAGCUGGUAUCUUUAUACAUUGGUAUCUACAUAUUGCUGGAAUUUUGUUCACCAAUACAGCUGGACAGUUAAGCAUCUUGAAGAACCGCAGGAAUUUAUACUACAGUAGUGCACCCAUAUGAGAACUAGGUACUCUAAAGAAUACUCAGUGGCAGUGCUUUUUUUCUUAAAAAACAGUUUAGGGGUACUCUCAUUUUUCUACUCAUAUUGAAAUACUGCCCCUCAAUGAGGCCAAACUUAGAUUCACAAAAGGUUCAGGGGUAUGCGUACCCCCAGGAAAAAAGCACUGCUCAGUGGUGUGUUUUUUAAAGCUGUGUGUCAUUGGCAGAGAUGGACAUAAAAGAAGGGGAGAAAAUGGGGAAAUUGGCUGAAGACUUUAGAAGAGAGAACCAGUGAAUGUGCACAUCUGAAGUCAUGUUUCAGUCAUUUAGCAAAAAAUCCACAAUUUGAUUAUUAUUAUUGUUAUUAUUAUUAAAUUAAAUUUGUAUACCACCCUAUACCUGCAGGUAUCAGGGCGGUUCACAGGAUAAAAUCAGAAUAUAAAACAUCAAAAUACAUGAUCAAAAUAAAAGCAAAAACAUCCCAGUAGUUCUUCUUCCCAAACGAAGCAAAUACUUAAGUACAGUGGUGCCUCGCAAGACGAAAUUAAUUCGUUCUGCGAGUUUUUUCGUCUUGCGAAUUUUUCGUCUUGCGAAGCACGGUUUCCCAUAGGAAUGCGGUUUUAAGAAAAAGGAAACAAACUUGCAAGACGUUUUCGUCUUGCGAAGCAAGCCCAUUGGGAAAUUCGUCUUGCGAAGCAACUCAAAAAACCAAAAACUCUUUCGUCUUGCGAGUUUUUCGUCUUGCGAGGUACCACUGUAUGUAGAACUGAGGACUACUAUGAAGCAAAAUUUGGAUUUUUAAAAUUUCUGAGUGGGCCAUAGAUUCUGAGAGAAAAAUUUGAAACUUGAGCCAGACUGAAUUCUCAAAAACCGUAUCUGUUUGUGAUAAAUAUUGUAUGUAUUGUAAAUAUGUAAAUAUUGAAUUUCUACGUAUAUUUCAUACACGUUUUCCUCAGGUAUCAGAAGCUAGACUUUCAGCACGGGAAAUUUACAACCAACGCCAUCAACCAUUAUUAUCUCACAGAGACAAUGUAGAGAGGUACCUAUACAAUUAUUAUUUUUAUUUGAAUGAAUCAGUAUUCCUUUUUUAAAAAAAACAAAAAACCAGGAGUAGUAUUUGGUGUUCCUGUACUGCCUAGUGCAAGAGGUUUCUCCUUGCAGAAAGGAAUUUCCCCCUCUUUGCUCCAGGGAAUCUUUUGUUUAUUUAUUUGUACUUUUCAAGUUUAUACAUUUCACUAGUUUUACAUCCAUUUUGACAUUUCAAAACUCGACUUCCAUCCUCUUCUUUCUGCAGUUCCUUAAAUUUAUUUUCAAUACCUUCUGCAUGUCGAAAUUAACUUAAUUUGCUCGUUUAUUCAUCUUCUUUAAAUACAUGCUCUUAUAAAGCUGCAGCUUGUUACAAUAAUCCUGACCAUGUUUUUAUCUGUUUAUAAUUUAUCUGUAAAUAUUCAAUAAACCGUUUCCAUUCUUUUCUAUAUAUAUAAAUGUUUUCUUGAUUUCUUAUUCUCCCGGUAAGUUUUGCCAUUUUUGCAUAUUCCAUAAGUUUUUGUAUCCAUUCUUCCUUUACUGGGACUUCUGCUUCUUUCCAUUUUGAGGCAAGUAACAUUCUGGCUGCUGUAGUAGCAUGCAUGAAUAAGUUUCUAUACAUUUUAGGUAGUUCUGUCCCUAUAAUUCCCAAAAGAAAAGCUUCUGGGUUUUUUUACAAAGGUUAUUUUAAACAUCCUUUUCAUUUCAUUAUAUAUCAUUUCCCAGUAAGCUUUGACCUUACUAUAAGGCCGUCACAUGUGAUAGAAAGAACCUUCUUUCUCAUUACAUUUCCAACUCUUAUUUGAUUUAGAUUUAUGCAUUUUUGCCAGCUUCCUUGGUGUUAGAUACCAUUGAUAUAUCAUUUCCAUAUAAUUUUAUCUUAGACCAGGGACGUCCAACGGGUAGAUCGUGAUCUACCCAGCAGAUCACUGAAUGUCUGUGGUAGAUCACUCGUAGAUCACCGGCUCCCCGCAAAGAAGUUCAACAACUUUGGCAUGCAGAAGCAGAGUUCAUCUAUAUCAGGGGUCAGCAACCUUUUCCAGCCGUGGACCGUCCCUCAGACCAUGUGGUGGGCCGGACUAUAUUUUUUGGGGGGGAAUGAAUGAAUUCCUAUGCCCCACAAAUAACCCAGAGAUGCAUUUUAAAUAAAAGCACACAUUCUACUCAUGUAAAAACACCAGGCAGGCCUCACAAAUAACCCAGAGAUGCAUUUUAAAUAAAAGGACACAUUCUACUCAUGUAAAAACAAGCUGAUUCCUGGGCUGUCCACGGGCUGGAUUGAGAAGGUGAUUGGGCCGGAUCCGGCCCACGGGCCUUAGUUUGCCUACCCCUGAUCUAGAUGGGCGGAGAGACACUCGUAGAGUAAGGAGUUGGAGGUGAGGACGAAGGCAAUCAAAUGCCAUUACAGCUCUGUGACGGAUUUCUAAUUUGUGUUCAUAUAUAAGGUACAAGGAGUAUGUAGCGUUGCCACAGUCAGAAAGGAGGUUUUGCAGAGAAUGCCAGCUGCUGCUGUUGCCAUCAGAGUGGGGAAGACACCUGGACCAUCAGGUCCUUAGUGACGUCUCUGUUGCCCAUCUGAAAAGGCCCAGCCAGCUCCUCAUCCCUCUGGAGAAUAAGAAGACAAACGCACAAUACCUGUUCACCGAGAGAAGCUGCCAGUUCCUGCUGGACCUUAUCACUACGCUGGGUUUUAAAAGGGUGCUUUGUGUUGGCACCCCAAGGUAAGACAGUGAGUAUAUAGUGGUAUCUCUGGAUACGCACACCUCUGGUUGUGUAUCCUUCAGGAGGCGAACAUGGCAAACCCAGAAGUAUUUUUCCAGGUUUCGCCGCUUGCUCAUGUGCGCAAGCGCUCUACGCACCACGGUUGUGAAUUCCUCAGGAUCCGACCGGAGCUCUGGAAUGGAUCCCAUGCACAACCGGAGGUACCACUGUAUUUGGUCCCAGUGGGACCUGGAAAUUGGUACCACUUUGGGUUCAAAACGGGAUGCAGGUGGCACUGUGGGUUAAACCACAGAGCCUAGGACUUGCCGAUCAGAAGGUCGCGGUUCGAAUCACCGCGACGGGGUGAGCUCCCGUUGCUCGGUCCCUGCUCCUGCCAACCUAGCAGUUCGAAAGCACGUCCAAGUGCAAGUAGAUAAAUAGGUACCCCUCCGGUGGGAAGGUAAACAGCGUUUCUGUGUGCUGCUCUGGUUCGCCAGAAGCGGCUUAGUCAUGCUGGCCACAUGACCCGGAAGCUGUAUCCCGGCUCCCUCGGCCAAUAAAGCGAGAUGGGCACCGCAACCCCAGAGUCGGUCACGGCUGGAACUUUUCCUUUACCUCUUCGGGUUCUAAAAGGCUUAGUCAUGAGGCAUUUGGCGUUGCUUAAACAGAUAAGGGAUUGUGACUUAUUUCUAAAACAACUUCACUGAAGUAAAUAGCACUUCCUUCUCUUGAGUAAUGGAAAAGUGGCUUUGGAUGCUUGCCAGAAGCAUUAGCAAAGCCCAUCCAACAUUCAGUGUUGAAUGCUAAUGAAACAAAACCUUAAAAUGAUUGUACAGUCGUACCUCCGCUUACGUAUCCCUCCAGUUACGUAAAGAAUUGCUUGUACCCUGUUACUUAUAUAGUCAUGGGAUUCAUGGCUUUAUGGGGGGGGGGAAUAGGUGGCUUCCUCGUAUGUUUAAAAAGAACAUUCUGCAUCAUUGUGUAUUGUCUUGAUAUUCACGUAUCUUACAUUUAAAUGGUUCAUGUUAAUCUUUCCAGGCUGCAUGAAUUCAUCAAAUUCCAAACAUCGCAGGAUCAGGAAAUCGGCAUUAAGAGCCUUUUGUUAGAUAUUGAUUUCAGGUAAGCUUUUAUUAAAAGUUAUUUCCCCCCUCUGAUAAAACCACCACAAAGCUUAUUUAAAAGCUGUGCAAAAAAGGAAUAAAAUGGAACAGUUGUGCUAGCCGAAGCUUGUUGCGAAACAACGGAUUCUUCUUGUGCAAUCUGUCGAAAAACCAACUUUGAUAAUGUGCAUUCUUUUGCUUUGCGCAGCAGUUGGCUACGGCUCAGUAUAAAUGAUUAUUCCCCUCUGCUGUGUAGAUGUAGACUUGAUCUAUGAGAUAUGGGGAAAUGGUCAGCUCUUUUAAGAAUGUCACAUGGACCCUAGGAACAGGAAUAGACCUUGAGAAGUGAAGAGGUAUCUGGAGGUCAGGGGAGGGGAGAAAAGAAGGGCAGAAAGUCCUAGUGAUGCAGCAAUAGAACCGCUAACACAUCUGCAAAGCUAAGCAGGGUCUGGUGUGGUCUCAAAUUGGAUGGGAGACCAUGUGUUGAUAUUCCUGGGCCCUUCCAGUUCUAUAAACCUGUGAUUCUAUGACAAGUCACUAAGAAAGAGGAAUCUGAUGGAAAUGUAGGUGGCAACUUUUAAGGCCAGAGAAGACAGGAAACUGAGGCCAUUUCACAUGCUGACUUGAGGCAACAAGUCGAUUUUGGCAGACUUCUUUUCUUUUUUGAAUAUAAUGGGAAUACUUAAUUUACAGGUACUCUCAGUUUUAUACAGAGGAGGACUUCUGCCAUUACAACAUGUUUAACCACCAUUUCUUUGCUGGAGAGGUAAGGCCUAGCCAAAUACUGGGAAUUCUUUAUGAAUACUACUUGUGGAACAUAGCACUUCUCUCAUUUCUUUGAAUGAACAUUAGGAGCUAAGCAGAUAUUUAUUGUUAUUUAUUUAUUUUAUUUAUUUAAUUUGUAUACCUCUCUAUACCCGGGGGUCUCAGGGCGGUUCGCAGAAUAAAAUCAAGAUAUAAAACCACAAGAUACCUAAUAAAAAUAAAACAACAGCCCAAUAGCAACCCCCAAAAAAACACAUUUUAAAAGGGCAUAGGAUGUAAAUCGGUUCAGCCAAAGGACUGGUUGAAAAGGAACGUUUUUGCCUGGCACCUAAAUGUGCAUAAUGAAGGCGCCAGGCAAACUUCCUUGGGGAGAGCAUUCCACAGACGGGGAGCCACUGCAGAGAAGGCCCUGUUCUCGUGUUGCCACCCUCCGGACCUUUCGAGAAGGAGGCACACGAAGGAGGGCCUCGGAAGAUGAUCUCAGGGUCCGGGUAGGUUCAUAUUUGUGUGGGGAUCUGCUCGUUGGGGAUUCAAAGACUUGCGUAAUCAAUGCAAUGGACAUUUGUUUGUCCUUUCCAUUUUUCUCCUGUCUCAUCAAGGCGCAGCCCUGUACAUGGCUACUCAGAAGGAAGCCCAGCUGAGUUCAGUGGGGCUUAUUCCUAGGUUAGCAUGUAUAGAAUUGCAGCUUAAAUGUUUUAAGAAAAAUACAGCGCAAGAAUAUCUCUCAAAUAAAAUGCGGGUGCAAAACAGAUAAAAUUAUUCCACAUGCUAGAGAGCCGUUACGUAUGCUUACACAUAAGACGGCAAAGGGACCCCUGACCAUUAGGUCCAGUCGCGGAUGACUCUGGGGUUGCUGCGCUCAUCUUGCUCUAUAGGCCGAGGGAGCCGGCGUUUGUCCACAGACACUUCUGGGUCAUGUGGCCAGCAUGACUAAGCCGCUUCUGGCAAACCAGAGCAGCGCACGGAAAUGCCGUUUACCUUCCCGCCGGAGCGGUAUCUAUUUAUCUACUUGCACUUUGACGUGCUUUUGAACUGCUAGGUUGGCAGGAGCUGGGACCAAGAAACGGGAGCUCACCCCAUCGCAGGGAUUCGAAACACCAACCUUCCGAUCGGCAAGCCCUAGGCUCUGUGGUUUAGACCACAGUGCCACCCCUGUCCCUAUUGUUGUUGUUGUUUAGUCGUGUCUGACUCUUCGUGACCCCAUGGACCAGAGCACGCCAGGCACUCCUGUCCUCCACUGCCUCCCGCAGUUUGGUCAAACUCAUGUUCGUAGCUUCGAGAACACUGUCCAACCAUCUCGUCCUCUGUUGUCCCCUUCUCCUUGUGCCCUCCAUCUUUCCCAACAUCAGGGUCUUUUCCAGGGAGUCUUCUCUUCUCAUGAGGUGGCCAAAGUAUUGGAGCCUCAGCUUCAGGAUCUGUCCUUCCAGUGAGCACUCAGGGCUGAUUUCCUUAAGAAUGGAGAGGUUUGAUCGUCUUUCAGUCCAUGGGACUCUCAAGAGUCUCCUCCAACACCAUAAUUCAAAAGCAUCAAUUCUUCGGCGAUCAGCCAUAAUUGGAUGUAAAUAGAAUGUAUAGGGAUAUCAUACUUUUAAAUUCAUGCCUUAGAAACCUUUUUCACUACUUCUGAGAUUCCAAAGUGAUGCCUAUAGGUUAACUGACAGAUCACCACUUAGUUUGAAAUGGAAGUUGUCUCUGAUCUCUUGCAGGCUGCUUAUGAGAUAUGUGAGAAGUUCUUGCAGGAGGACAGUGGGAAAGACGUCAUCAUGGUGGCUGAUCCUCCCUUUGGGGGCUUGGUCGAAGCUUUGGCGUUUAGUUUCAAAAAGCUGAUUGCAAUGUGGAGACAAACAAGUGGUGCAGGUAACUAUUUCUGAUUUCCAAUCAAUUUGAUAUUAGAAAAAUGAAGGCAGCUUUUCUAAUUCCAGAUGGUAUAUAUUUGCUGGACAAGUAGAAUGCAACAAUGCAGGCGCUAUUUGCCAUUUGCCUCGGGCUGCAAACUUUAAUUGGCAGACUCAUCCGUUAAAGCUUUAUCUGAAGAACAAGGGACAACAGCCAUUACAAAACUGUUUAUAGGUUUAUGUGCUUUCAGGCAGCGCUUGUAGAUUUUUAUUAUCUGUUACUUUAUGUGAUGAAAAGUACAUUUUUUAUUCCCUUUGCUUUCCUAGAUCCUGCUGACAACAACUUACCCAUACUUUGGAUAUUUCCAUACUUCUUUGAGUCACGUAUUCUUGAAUUUUUUCCAAAUUUCAGUAUGCUGGAUUAUCAGGUAUGGGCCCAGAGAAGUGGUAUUGUGAAGUUUUAAAAAAAGCAUUCUUUUUUCUAAAGCUAGUCAUUUCAUGGUGGAUAUGGACUCUGGUAAUUUAUUUUGUGUUGGCUAGGAUGAGAUGAAACCCAUUGUCAGAGCACUUUGAAUUUCCUGCUCUGACUGAUGCUUUUUGUGCUGCAACGGGAGACAAUGUACCUCGGGUUAAGUACUUAAUUCGUUCCGGAGGUCCGUUCUUAACCUGAAACUGUUCUUAACCUGAAGCACCACUUUAGCUAAUGGGGCCUCCUGCUGCCGCCGUGCUACCGGCGCAUGAUUUCUGUUCUCUUCCUGAAGCAAAGUUCUUAACCCGAGGUACUAUUUCUGGGUUAGUGGAGUCUGUAACCUGAAGCGUCUGUAACCUGAAGUGUCUGUAAUCCGAGGUACCACUGUAGAGCAUUGGUCUUUAAGAACCCACUAUAAAAAUGCAUGUAAUUUUUUUAAAAAACAUUCGUCCCAACAACUAUUUUGGGGUAAAGGUGGAUCCAGCCUCUGAAAAGGCUGAAGACUACUGAUAUACAGAGUAUUUCACUCUCUCCAAAGUCACACACGUUAUCAUUCUAGACAGGCUUUUCAGUGGAGCUACUGAUGGACUGAAAUUUGAAAAUAGUGGCACCCUAAUCUUGCUCUUUUCUUGUCUUUGGGGAACUGGACUUCUAAAUAUUAUAAGCAUAGGUAGAGAAUAGAUUGAAAAUGUACACGAGGACUCUUUCCUGACUUGGAAUUUAGCUGAUAAAAGCUAUUCAGUGUGUUUCAACUCUGUUGUCUUUUAUUUUCUAGGUGGACUAUGAUAAUCAUGCCCUUUAUAAGCACGGAAAAACAGGUCGUAAACAGUCUCCAGUUCGUAUAUUUACCGACAUUUCACCACGUUUGAUAGUGCUUCCUGUGGAAGAAGGAUACAGGUAUAGCUUUUGCUUAACCUGAGAGGAGCUAAAAGGUUUUUGAAUUUUACUUUAUAAAAAAAUAGUGUUUACAAAGUGUUUGCGUGGCCUAUUGAGAAAUCUGUUUACUUAAUUGUAGCGCUGUAUCGUGAAUAUUCCUUACAGCAGACUAAUAAUUUUAAUUGUUUUUUUCUGGGUCUGCCAGGUUUUGCUCCAUCUGCCAGCGGUACGUUAGUUCAGACAACCAGCACUGUGAAAUCUGUGAUUCAUGCACAUCAAAAGUAAGUGUGUUUAGAAAGAGUUUUAGCAAGACUUGGUCUUCAACUUUAGUACUUAUCUUGCAGAAUAGCAUUUUUGUGUGACUGCAGGAGGAUACAGACUUGCCCACUUUGGAUUAGCACAUUUCUUUCUAACAAUGUGGCCUGUAAGAGGAAUAUCAAGAAAGAAAAUAAAAUUUUGCUCUUUUAGUCAAGGAAGAUAUGCCAUGUGUGCAAGGAAAAGGGGACAUUAGUAUUAAAACAGCGGGGGGGGGAUUAACAACUGGAGCGCUAAAUAUUUCGAUUUUUAAACUAUAUACAACUUUUAUAAUUUUUCAAAUAGGAUGGGAGACGUUGGACACAUUGUUCCCUUUGCAAAAAAUGUGUAAAACCCUGUAAGUAUUACAAAUGAUCACUUUUUACCAUAAAAUUUGCAAUAAAAAGAUCAAGAUCAAACUAUUAAGAGUGUUAAGCAGCUAUACUCAACAAGACACUCUAAACAAAUAGCCUUAAUCAAUAAGGGACUUCGACAGGGGGUUGGACUAGAUGACCCUGGGGUCCCUUCCAAUUUUAUGAGUCUACACACGAGUUUUCUUCUGUGUUGUGGAAGAACAUGGCUCCUUUUGAAUUGCCCAUUCUUUCCUAGGCUGGCUAGAGACCUGAACAGGGUACAGUGGUACCUCGGGUUAAGUACUUAAUUCGUUCCGGAGGUCCGUUCUUAACCUGAAACUGUUCUUAACCUGAAGCACCACUUUAGCUAAUGGGGCCUCCUGCUGCUGCCGUGCUGCCAGUGCACGAUUUCUGUUCUUAUCCCGAAGCAAAGUUCUUAACCUGAAGCACUAUUUCUGGGUUAGCGGAGUCUGUAGCCUGAAGCGUAUGUAACCCGAGAUACCACUGUAUUCCCCUUAAGGGUUGCAGGAAAUGAUCCCAGUGGCUGGAAUUCUCACAGAAUUUAACAACUUACACAUUUUCAUUGUUACUUUUCCCACCCUUCACAGCUUGGAUUCAUUGCAGCGUUUGUGGUCGCUGUGCUCUGCCGAGUCACUCUUGUAAGAAUACUGAUGCUGGAUCUGAGACGGGAUGCUUCAUUUGUGGAGCGACAGACCAUAAACGUGCCACAUGCCCUAAUCUACAUGUGGUUAGGAGAAUACACCAGUAAGUUCAUCCUACCAUUAUCUACUGUGUACUUACAGUGUCAACAUCCAUAAAGGUUCUGAAUAUAUACCGUAUUUUUCACCCUAUAGGACGCACCGGCCCAUAGGAUGCACCUAGUUUUCAGGGGGGGAAAUCAAGGAAAAAAAUAUGAUCCCCCCCCCCGCAGCUCUGGGAGCAGCGGACAGGCUGCACGCAGCCUGUGCGCUACUCAAGACCUUCUCCCUGCUUUUGCGGGAGGUGGCGAAUUCCCCACCUCCCGCAAAAGCCCACAGAGCCCGCGUGACUCCUGUGGGCUUUCGACCAGGCGGGCGAAGGGACGGCCACGGCCCGUCAGGCCCUUGUCCCUCCUCGAGGAAAAGCCCCCAAGAGCGGUGCGCUCUUUAAAGGGUGCGCGGCUCCUGCAGGCUUUUCUAGGAGGUGGGGGAAUCCCCCCCCCCGGUAGAAAAGCCAGCAGAAGCCGCGGAGCCCCUUUUAAAGAGCACGAGGCUUUUGCGGGCUUUUGCGGGAGGUGGGGGAAUUCCCCAUCUCCCCCAAAGCCCGCAGGAGGGAGAAGGGACUGACUCGGCCAGUCAGUCCUUCUCCCUCCUUGAGAAAAGCCCCCAAGAGCCGCUUGCUCUUUAAAGGGUGUGCGGCUCCUGCGGGCUUUUCUAGGAGGUGGGGAAUUCCCCACCUCCUAGAAAGCCGCUGAGCCCCUUAAAGCGCGCGGCUUUGCGGGAGGUGGGGAAUUCCCCAUCUCCCCCAAAAGCCCGCAGGAGGAGAAGGGACUGACUCGGCCAGUCAGUCCCUUCUCCCUCCUUGGGAAAAAGCCCCCAAGAGCCGCUUGCUCUUUAAAGGGUGUGCGGCUCCUGCGGGCUUUCUAGGAGGUGGGAAUUCCCCACCUCCUAGAAAAGCCGCGGAGCCCCUUUAAAGCGCGCGCGGCUUUUGCGGGAGGUGGGGGAAUUCCCCCAUCUCCCGCAAAAGCCCAAAGGAGGGUUGGAGAGUAGCGGCAAGGCAUCACGCGCCUUCCCGCUGCCCCCCAUCCUCUGGGGCUGGCGAUGGGGGAAGCGCUGCUUUCCCCCACCGCCAGCCUCAAGAGCAGACUCUCCUGGCUUCAGCAGAAGCAACGCGAAGCCUCCGGAGCGCAGGCUUCGGAGGCUUCGCGUUGCUAUCGCUGAAGCCAAGGAGUCUGCAUUCGCCCCAUAAGACGCACACACAUUUCCCCUUCAUUUUUGGAGGGGAAAAAGUGCGUCUUAUAGGGCGAAAAAUACGGUCUAUUUUUAAGGGGAGGGAUUCCAAACAUCCCUUCUUUAUAUCUUCCCUCCGGCAGCUAUUUAUUGCAGUUCACAUUUCCAGUUUUAUAGCUCUGAAAAUGCAGCGCUCAAGAUUAUUUGCCUUGCUUUGCAGAGGCGGGAAAAAGUCAAGGCAAAAAAAGAAGAAGAAGAAGUUGGUGGAUGUGAAUGCUACGAAAAUGACAAGUGGAAAGAAGAUGAGAAGUGCAGUAUAAAUUAUGGGAUAUGUUUGCACGAGUCCUUCAUUCAGUGUUCUCCAAAUAUUAAUCUGGAUACUGAAUAUGACUGAAUCGGAGGCUAUAUUUUGCAACUCUGCAAAUAUCACCAAAACACCAACUUUUGCUGAUGUGCUAAAUGUGUGGAAACAUAUAUAUAUAUCUCAAUAUUACAGUCUUUUUAGCACACUGUGUAUAUACACUUUCAACAAUGCACAACAAUGUAACUGAGUUAAUAUUUUAUAAAUAUUAAUAUAUUUUUGC